AUGGCGGGCGUUCCAACUUCCAACUACUUUACCAGUGUCGAUGGUGGCGAUGUGCCUUCGUGUCAACAAAUACAAAAGCAUGCAAGAUUCGUGGAGUUGCAGCUUCUUCUUCUUCUUCUUCUUCUUCUUCCGCUGGCACUUGUGGGUAAACAACCGGUUGAUGAUGGACAAAUAGUGUUGCCAAACAAGGCAAGCAAGAAAAGGGUCUUCUUUUUAGACGUCAAUCCUCUUUAUGCGGGAAGCAGACCCAGCUUACACGCUUUUGCUCAUUGGGUCUCCUUAUUUUUCAAUCAAGUUAGCCUAUCCGACCCUGUUAUUGCUGUUGUUGAUGGGGAAGGAGUAAGUGAGCACCGCGGACAGUUAUUACCAUCCUAUAAAGCACAUAGGUGGAAAUUCACAAGACAGUUUCCAAGGGGGCAUGCUGGAAGGUCACAUGGAGUCAUCACCAAUGUUCUUCAAAAAUGCAAUGUGCCUGAGAUGGUGCAGGUCAUAAAAGUAGAACAUCACGAAACUGAUGAUGUUAUAGCUACACUUGUGGGGCAAGUUAUUCAAACAGGAUAUUGGGUGGUGAUUGCCUCUCCUGAUAAAGAUUUUAAGCAAUUGCUUUCGGAAGAUGUCCAGCUUGUUAUGCCCCUGGACGAGUUAGAACGCUGGUCGUUUUACACUCUUAAGCACUACAUAGCUCAGUAUAACUGUGAUCCAUGCUGUGAUUUGAGCCUUAGGUGCUUUGUGGGUAAUCACGCUGAUGGUGUUCCUGGAAUCCAACAUCUAGCUCCUGGAUUUGGUCAGAAGACUGCCCUAAAGCUCUUGAAAAAGCAUGGUUCAUUGGAAAAUCUACUAAACACAGCUGCAGUCAGAACUGUGGGCAGACAGUAUGCUCAAGAUGCUCUAACAAAACAUGCUGAUUACCUAAGGAGGAACCACGAGAUUCUUUCCCUUAGGAGGGAUGUUGAUGUUAAACUUCGAGAGGAGUGGUUGGUUACGAGAGACACAAGCAAUGAUUCAGCAACUCUGUCUAACUUCUAUAAAUUCUUGGAAGAAACCGGGUAUUUCAGUUGUCAAAGAGCAUCUGUUUCAAAUGGCUAAGCUGAUAGUGGGUGGUACGAAGAACUAUUAUUUUAACCCGAGAGCUUAGCAAAAUUAAAUGUACUGGGAUGUGCUACCAUAUAAAAGUCCUGAAAUCGAAGAACACAGAGGGCAGACUGAUAUACUUUUGUGCUUCUGAAUGCGGAAUUUAUCAUAAGUUCUCACUACCUGUCUUCUCUCUUCCUCCGUCCCUCUCCCAUUUUGUUGCUUCUGAUAUGCUUUUCUCCUCCUGUUUCUGGAAUCUCAGAUUUUGUCCUUCGGUGGCGAAGAGAAACUCGGCUGUGGUAGAUUGCAAUGUGGUCAGAUGGUAAUAGUGCAUGAGUAAGUGCUGAAAGUUUUGGAACUGCAAAUCUCAGCUAAAUAUACAAAUGUACCAAUUCCACCCAACCGGUGCAUUUGAAUGAUUUUGAUGUCGAAUUUUUUCUUGCCUGUGUCUAUAAGGGUCUUAUUCCUUUGAUACUUGGUGUUAUAAGUUAUUUAGGUAA